AUGGAUAAUAAUACAAUAACAUCAACAACAGAUAUAGAUUCAUUUGUUGAUAGUCAACCGAUGAAUGAUGAAGAAUUAACAAAAUUACAUGAAUCAACACUACAAAUGUUUCGUUCAAAUAAAAUUGGACCAAAAAAUGCAUUUGAUAUUGUACUUAUUGAUUAUUUACCUGCUAUAUUUGAAGCAACAAGUUUUGAUGAUGAUCAUAUGAAUAAUUUUCAAUCAGUUGGUACAACACUUGAAACAUCAGCAAAAAUUUAUGCUGCACGUAUUGAUUCACUUUAUUCCGAAACUCGUAAAGCUCAAUCAAUACUUCGCUCAACAAAUGAAAAUAUUUAUCGAAUACUUGAUGAUGAAGAUGAUAUUGAAGGUGAUAAUAAUAAUAUAAAUGAAGAAAAUUUUUCUGAAAAACGAAUUUCAAAUAAUAAAAAAAUUCGUUUAUUAAUGAAACGAAAAAAAUCUAUUGUUACUGAUCGUAAUAAAUUACUACGAAAAAAUCGUAACGAUGAAUUUCGACCAAUUAUGAUUAAUCAAUUUUUUUUAUCAGCUAUGAAUAAUGAUAAUAUUUUAUUAAGUGAACUUUAUGAUAAAAUGAAUAUAUCAUCAACAAUGAAUGAAAAUAAAAAAAAUAUUAAACAAGAACAUAAUGAAUUAUUAUCAUCAAGUAUUCUUUCAAAUGAGUUUGUUUGUGAUUCAUUAUCUAUUGAUACAACAAAUUCAUCAAUAAUAUCAAGUAUGUUAGAAAAAGAUUAUAUUUAUUUCUACGAAUAA